AUGACAGGUCCUGGGCGAUCACCCUCCUCCCCAUGGGCGCAGGGUGCGCAGACGCAGACUGCACAGGGGUAUUUCCAUGAUGGAAGGUCCGCCUUUCAUCCCGUGUUAUCUCCAUCGAAUUCCAAUUUUCCAGCGACGGCCUCCCUGUCAGAGCGUCCGGGCCCCAACUAUUUCGGCCUCGCAGUGGAAAACUCCGGCAACCCGCCAAUGUCGAACCCGGCCCCACACGUACAAAAGAACUGGGCAUCCUUACCUGGCGCACUUCAUAGCCCGAAGCUUCAACUCUAUUCCCAAGAGCCUGCCUCCGAGGGACUGGUGAACCUGUUGAGAUCAGAGUCUGAUAUCGAUAAAGGGCGUCGCGAGUCUUUCCUCCAAAGGCGUCCCUCUACCAAGGAUGUUAACACAUCCGUUCCGUCCGUGGCCCGUGGUGAGGCAAGCACUAGAAUGCAUGGUAGUAUCACAGGAAAUGGCAUGGUAGCCCAACAACGGACAGGGUCUGUCUCGCAGGACGCUAUUUCACCUAUGACGCCAUCUCGCUGGGUUUCAAUCGAGCGAUGUACUGAAAUAAUCCAAAAUGAUUCGAAAAACCUUCUUCUGCUGGAUGUUCGCGCAUACACGCAUUUUGCACAGUCCAAUAUUAAAGGCUCUUUAAACCUCUGCAUUCCAACCACACUUCUCAAGCGACGUUCGUUUAACACGCAGAAACUCCAAGGCACAUUCACAAAUGACAGUGAUAAACAAAAUUUCGCUCGGUGGAAAAACUGCAGCAUAAUCAUUGUCUACGAUUCCGCCACGACUGAUGCAAAGGAUGCCGUCCCUCUUUUGAAUGUGAUUGGCAAAUUCGAGGCAGAGGGGUGGGCAGGUGAAGGAUUGAUCUUACAGGAUGGCUUCAAGGGUUUCUCGGCCCGAUUUCCGCGCUUAAUUCACCGACCACAGUUGCAGACAUCAGGGCCAUCUCCUAAGAAGCGACCCUCCAUGAGUAUCAAUCUUGGAUCUGUUGCUCCUGUUGUAGGAGGCUGUGCUAUUCCAGAUUCAUCUUCGGCUGCCAACCCUUUCUUUGGAAAUAUUCGCCAGAACAUGGAUCUCAUGGGCGGAGUCGGGCAGAUGUCUCUGAAGUUGCCAGAACAUAUGUCCGAAUCACAGCAACAAGCCCUUCCUCCGUGGCUUCGAAAGGCGUCUGAUGCCAAGAACGAGGGCCAAAUCGUCUCGGAUAAAUUCUUAAGCUUGGAGAAGAAAGAAUUGGAGCGCAUGAAGCAGGCCUUAUCUUAUGAUGGCCCUUCUGCCGCUGCCGGGGGAGCAGCCAAGAAGUAUCGUGUUGCGGGAAUUGAGAAGGGCACGAAAAAUCGAUAUAACGAUAUCUAUCCUUUCGAACACUCUCGUGUUAGGCUUGAAGGGAUCCCGCUGGGCGACUGCGAUUAUGUCAAUGCAAAUCACAUCAAAGGUGAUUUGAGCAACCGGCGUUAUAUUGCCACUCAGGCUCCGGUUCCGGACACUUUUAACGACUUUUGGCGCGUUGUUUGGGAACAAGAUGUCAGGCUGCUCGUCUCAUUGACCGCCGAGUUUGAGCGUGGACAAGUCAAGAGUCACCCUUACUGGCGGACCGCCGAUUAUGGACCAUUCCAAGUGAAGGCCUAUUCAGAGAGAUACAUCGAUGUGGAGUCCUCCGAGGGGUGUCCAAUCGACCCCUCAUUGAAGAAAUCCAAGGCAGUAGACAAGUCAGCCCAGAGUCCCAACGAGUCCAAUGAGAAUCCAGUCAUAAUCGUCCGCCAUUUCAGUCUUCAACACUCCAAUUUCCCCUUUCAACCAUUGCGAGACAUUACGCAGAUUCAAUACCCAUACUGGCCAGACUUUGGCACCACUUCACAGCCAACCCACCUUCUCAAUCUGAUCGAGCAGUGUAACAAAGUGGCUCGAUCUACCAGUGAUGCUGGUUUCGGUAACCAGGAGGCCGAACCCCUUGGCCAGCGACCGAUCUUGGUCCACUGCAGUGCUGGGUGUGGACGAACUGGAACAUUCUGCACGGUCGACACUGUGCUAGACAUUCUCAAACGACAGCGUGCACUUAACCCCACCAAUUCGAAGGAAGAAUCGAAAGAAAUUCGUGACACUGAACUGGACCUGAUUUCGAAAACCGUGGAAGACUUUCGUACACAGCGACCCAGCAUGGUCCAAAACCUGAGUCAAUUUGUGCUUUGUUAUGAAAGCGUUCUUGAGUGGCUUGUUUCGCAGAAGGAUAGCUAA